AUGCUGUCCAUACCGUUGAUUAUGAUAAUGCUCUACGUGAUCACCGCGGCUGCGAUGCCCUCUCCAGGCCUGGAUGUCAUUCGCUUCAGCCGACUGGAUGAGAGACCAGGCAUGGCGGAGUUGGACUGCAGCAGUCCCAAUGCUCCGGUCUUCUGUCGCUAUGCUUUCGCUCGCCGUAGCAGUGACGGUGCCGUCGGCAGCAAUGAACAGUGCAACUAUCUGGUGACCAUGCGCUCCGCUCUCCAAGCCGCUGCCGCCGAGGAGGAGGCG